GAUCGAGAUAGAUAUUCAACAAGCUGAUAGGUCAAAAGUAAAAUUUAUAUAAGUACAAGAACACAUUAAGUAAAAAGCAUAAUAUCAGCGCUUGCGCUUUUAUUAUUUUUCAUUCUACUGGCGUAUAUAUAAAAGCUCCAGGCGAAUGAUAUAAACCAGCGUUCAGUCAACCAACGUUCAGUAUGCCGGUGCGUGUUACACCCUCAACAUCUACCGAUUUAUAUCACUUUAAAAUAAAUAGUUUAAACAAGUUUAUCUAACCACAGUAAAAUAAAAUAAAUAUAAUUAAAUUAUUUAAAAAAUAAAUUUUUUUUUGUUAUUAAAUUUAUAAAAAUUUUUUCAAGUGACAUUUAAGUAAAAAAGAAGAUGAUUCAUGAGAAAAGUUUAAGAGUGUCAAGAAAGUAUUUAUAAAUACACAAUAAAUCACUUGGAUUCGAUUAAUCGUUGAUUACGUGCCGACACUUGAACAACGAGGCUUCCCAUCCAAAGUGGAGUAGUAUUGAGUAGAUAUAAAAUGAAUGUGACGGCGAUGAGAAGUAUUACUACGUUGGCUUCGCUGAUGACUGGAGAUGACAGUGACAGAAUGACAAUGACUAUGUCGAGCACUACCUUGGUGGGAAUGCUCGCCGGGAUUGACGUUAAAAUAUCGAUGGACAGGAGUAAAACAAAUAUAUUUGACAGCGAUCUAGAUGUGUCGCCGGUUACACUCUCAUCUGACUGGUCCAGAGUCGCAAGGCUUCUACUACUCGCUUCUCUCGCUGUCGUCGGCAGCGUUGGUAAUGUCUUUAUGAUAUCUGCAAUUAUGGUCGAGGAUCAUCUAAAAAAAAGAGGCAAUGCAUUCUUGGUCAAUGUCGCGCUUGCUGAUUUACUGGUAACUGGACUAGUUAUACCUUCGUCAGCGAUUGUUAUUCUUGCUGGUCACGAAGACUCUCUCAGUAUAUGUAGAUUUGAAUGGACACUCGAGGCUUUGUGUUUCCUCGUGACGAUCUUGACUCUGGCAACCAUCGCUGGGGAAAAUUAUGCACGACUUUGCUUGCCCGCUGAAAAAUACGAAGCGUUGACCCCAAGUCGCGUAACAGCGACAAUCUUCGUAAUCUGGGUGAUAGCAGGAAUAGCAGUAGGACUUCAAUCAUCAUUAGACUUCGGUCCAGACUUCUGUGGGCGUAAAUUUAUUCCGGUGGCAAUCCCGCAGGUAAUAGGAGCAUUUUUUCUAGUACUAUUGCCGGCUCUGCUGACACCAAUUCUGUAUCUGCGUUUGGUAUUACGCGUGCGUCGCGCAGUAAGAGGUUCAUUCAAGCCACCGGCGUCAUUCUCAUGGGAUUAUGAGUUAAUGAAGACCAAUAUAUACAGCUUUACCCUUUUCGCAAUAUUCUGGUUGCCCUUUGGUGCGGCAAUUUUAGCCAGCGCUCAACGACGCGUAGGAGCCAGGAUCUUCUACAACCUCGCUUGGUUCGCUUUAUCCAAGUCCUGCAUUAACAGCCUCGUCUACUGCGUCUUCGACCGACAUUUCAGAAAUGCUUAUGUUAAACUCUUUCAUUACUGCUGCUGCAAAACGACGGUCAGCUUCUCCAGGCGACCUAGAGGAGACGGAUCCAGGUCUUCUGGGGAUGUAAGACUCAGGGUUCAUAUCAUCCACUCUUAUGCCAGUCCCGCUUCUUGUAGACCAAAUGUCGCUAGGCCAAACGGCAGAGACGUUUAUGAACUUUAAGUUUUAGUUUUUUUUUUUAGAAAUGUGUCGUUAUUUUUUUAUUAAGGUGCCGCAAAAAAAUUGAUUUUUUUUUAGUGUCUUAAAAAAAAAUAUUAUGAAGCUCUUAAAAAUUGGGUAA